AUGCCGAAGGAAUCUAUCAAACUGACUGUUCCUGAUGAAAUCCAAUCUGUUUACCGAAAAGGUGUGAAAUUUCAGCAAGAAGGAAAUGAUGAACAGGCGCUAUUCUAUUACAAAAAUGCUAUUACAAGAAUCCAAUCCAUAUCCAAGAAUAGUGAUAAUAAUCACCUUCACCUUGAACUUGAUAUUUAUAUCGAAAUGACUGAUUGCUACAUAAAUCAAUAUGAAUUGAUGGAAGCCGGCAAAUGGAAUGGAAAAGCAGAGAAAUUUGCCAAGCAACUACAAGAUGAAGUGAAAAUUUCAAAUUGCUUAGAUAGGCAGGGGCGUAUUAAACGAUUGCAAGGAACUGAAGAUAUCAGUAUCAGUUAUACUUAUCACAACAUUGGAAGUGUCUAUGGUGAUCAAGGCAAAUAUGGUGAUGCUCUAUUAAUGCAUAACAAAUCACUCAAGAUUAGACUAGCACAACUUGGUGAUAAUCAUCCUGAAGUUGCUAUAACAUAUGACAAUAUUGCUCUUGUCUAUGGUAAUCAAGGCAAGUACGAUGAAGCUCUGUCAAUGCAUAACAAAUCGCUCAAGAUUAGGCUUACACAAAUUGGCGAUAAUUAUCCAAUUAUUGCUACAACAUAUAACAACAUUGCGCUUGUUUAUGAUGAUCAAGGCAAGCAUGAUGAUGCUCUAUCAAUGUAUAAAAAAUCACUCAAGAUUCAAAAAGCACAACUUGGUGAUAAUCAUCCAAGUAUUGCUUUAACGUAUAACAGCAUUGCACUUGUCUAUAUUGAUCAAGGCAAGUAUGAUAGCGCUCUAUCAUUAUGCAAUAAAUCACUCAAGAUUCAGCUAGCACAACUUAGUAACAAUCAUCCAAGUAUUGCUGAAACAUAUAACAACAUUGCAAGUGUCUAUAAUCGUCAAAUUAAGCAUGAUAACGCUCUAUCAAUGUAUAACCAAUCACUCAAGAUUCGACUAGUACAAUUUAGUGACAACCAUCUAAGUAUUGCUGCAACAUAUAAUAAAAUUGCAAAUAUUCACAAAGAUCAAGGCAAAUAUGAUGACGCUUUAUCAAUGCAUAAAAAAUCACUCAAGAUUCAAUUAGCGCAACUUGGUGACAAUCAUCGUGAUAUUGCUACAACAUAUAACGACAUUGCAAAUGUCCAUUAUCAUCAAGGCAAGUAUGAUGACGCUCUAUCAGUAUAUAACAAAUCGCUUAAGAUUAUACUAACACAACUUGACGAUAAUCAUCCAAUUAUUGCCACGAUAUAUUACAACAUUGCAAAUGCUUAUGCUGAUCAAGGCAACUAUGAUGAAGCUUUAUUAAUGUAUAAUAAAUCACUUAAAAUUCGAAAAGCUAUUCUUACUGAUAAGUAUCCAAGCAUUGCUAAAACAUAUGACAACAUUGGAAAUGUGUAUGAUGGUCAAGACAAGUAUGAUGGCAUUCUACCAAUGUAUAAUAAAUCAUUCAAGAUUAGACAAACUAAUCUUGGCCAUAAGCGUGCACGUAUUACGACAACAUAUAACAACGUUGCUCUUGUCUAUGAUGAUCAAGGCAAGCAUGAUGACGCUCUUUCAGUGUAUACUAAAUCACUCAAGAUUAGAUUAGCACAGUUUGAUGGCGAUUAUCCAAAUGUUGCUACAACAUACAACAAUAUUGCGCUUGUCCAUGCUGAUCAAGGCAAGUAUGAUAACGCUUUAUCAAUGUUGAAUAAAUCGCUGGAGAUUAAAUUAGCAAGACUUGGUGGCAAUCAUCCUGAUAUUGCUAUAAUAUAUAACAACAUUGCACUUGUCUAUAUAGAUCAAAAGAAGUAUAAUGAUGCUCUAUCAAUGUGUAAUAAAUCACUCCAGAUUCAACUAGCACAACUUGGUAACAAUCAUAUCGAUGUUGCUACAACAUAUAACUACAUUGCAAAUAUCUAUCAUCAUCAAAGCAAGUAUGAUGACGCACUAUCAAUGUAUAAUAAAUCACUCAAGAUUAGACUAACAAAGCUUGGUGAUAAUCAUUCAAGUAUUGCCUCCACAUAUAUCAACAUUGCAAGUGUCUAUCAUCAUCAACGCAAGUAUGAUAACGCUCUAAUAGUAUUGAAUAAAUCACUGAAAAUUACAUUAGCAAAACUUGGUGAUAAUCAUCCAAGUAUUGCUGCAAUAUAUAAUAAUAUUGCAAACGCCUAUCAAGAGCAAAAGAAAUACGACGAUGCUCUACUCAUGUAUAACAAGUCAUUGCAAGUUUCUUUAGCAACAGUCGGUGAGAAUCAUCUUAAUACUGAGCAAUCCUAUCGAAAUCAAGCUAUAGUUCAUCAUCAACAGUCGAACUAUAGUCAAGCAAUAGCAUUCUAUCGAAAGUCUAGCAAUACUCUACGCAAUCUCUACGGAGAAAAUCAUCCGCAAAUCCUCCUCAAUGCGAAGCAGAUUGCUGAAUGUUCCAAACAACUGCAAGAAAACAAAGAUACAGAAAAAGAAAAUAAAAAUAAAAAUAAAAAUGAAAAAGAAGAAGUAGAUGAUACUCCUGAUAGCAUUGGCAUUGGCAUUGGCAAUCAUCAAGGAUCAUUUCAUUUAAAGACGGUAUCUGAUUGCAUUUCUCGUUAA